CGAGAGCUGGCUUAUAACGCUCUUUACUGGAUCGCAUCAGCGAAGAGACUACUUUCGACAUUAGAGGUGCAGUACGCCCUUACUGUAGUUCCAGGCGACUCGCAACUCGACGAGGAUAAUAUUCGUGAUUUAGAUCUUACCGUCUCUGUCUAUUGUGGAAUAGUUACCGUCGAUAAAAACAGUAAAAUCAUCCUUUUAGUACAAUAUAACACCUAA